AUGUCCGUGAAGUUAAACCAGUAUGAAUGGCAGGGGAUUCUCCGCCCUCUAAAGGAUGAAGAUGUUCGAGGUCUUGAUCAGUACAAUGAGUCGACUUCAGAGGGACAUCGCAAUCUGGCAUGGAUUUGGAAAACCAAUCUCCUAGGUGGAGAUAAAGGUCUCCAGGAAGUGUUGAGAAUUGAGUGGUGCAAGUCUUGGGCACUGAGCUCAACGGUGGCAAGAAGAAUGCGCGUUAUUGACUGA